UUUCUCAUACCAAAUUAUAAACGUUUGUAUUCGUUCAGUUUACUGCUCUUUAUUUCAUAUUACGAAAUAUCUUUAGUAUUUCUUUCCCCAUAUAAAACAAGAAAAAUGACAGAAUUAUAUCUCCUACCGUCGAGCACAUACCAACCUCCCUCGCCUUCGCUGGCACGGAGGCCUGGGAGGUCACUUAAUACAAUAAUGGAGGAGGAGUCGGAAGGAUCACAGAGGUCGACGAUGUUAAGGAAUCAGCACACCAAGAGCACUUCGUCUAGCGAGAUGAUAACAAUGUGGCUAUCCCCACGAAGUGACCAUUUCCCGACACCUCGAGGCAUUCAUUUCAUGUCGGCUCCCAUACUGCCCGAGUCUCCAUCGACUGUCUCUGCCGAUGAAAGCAACUCACCGUCGACAGACUCUUCAGACCAUUGGAAUAGGGCCAGCAUGAGCACCGUUGUUACGGAAUUUGACGAUAUAUAUGAUAUUUCCGAUGAAGAAGACGCUCGACGUGUAGCUUCGAGGAAGUCCUCGCUAAAGCGCCGAAACAGCUCUCGCAACACGGCACUCAAACGAUCAUCAGUUCAGUCAUCGACCUCGACUAAGUCCCUGCCACCCUUGGUUAUCCCAGGACAGAAGGAUGAUAAUGACUUGGGGAGGCCAGGGCUCAAGCGGCUCUUAUCCCCAGUUCCCCCAACGCCGCCAUCCAAGGUUGAGAUGUCACCGGCUAUGAUGUCCUUCUUGAAGGCCCAGCAAGCUCAAGAAGUACCAACUGUAUCCGCACCGCCAUCCCUCGAUGGAAGUCUAAGCUCCGAUCAGAUGGCAGCCAUGUCUGCUCCACCGACACCAAUAAUCGGAGCGGAGGAGGAUUGUGCUAACAGAGAUUGGUCCGGCGUUCAACUACAGCCUGGUGCUUUGGCUACUUUGCAGGCAUUAUCCGGGAGCGAAGAUAGUGAUGACGAAUACCCCUCCGAGCAGGUCAUCGAGAUAUCUCAAGAGAGGAUGCCGGAAAUGUCACAGUCGCAGCAAACGCCACGCUUAUUAACUAGCAUGACACGGCCGGCUUUGGGGCAACAGCAUCAAUCUCUCAAUGGGUUGACGAGACUUGAUAUUCCUUCACCGGGGGGCUUUUUUAAUGGCCUCUCUCCCCGAACGAGGCACACAUGGCAUCUACCCACAAUGACUCCGGAUGACGCUGCGCCUCCUACUUCCACUACCGCAGAACAAUUCUAUCGAGCUCCGUGGAACGAACCUGCUCCCCAAGUACCAGCACUGCCUACUGUUCCUGUUAUGCCUCCUCCUCCACCCCGGCCUCAGCGAUUUGCAACUGCUCCCGUCUCAUCAGCGCCGGUCGAGCAAGUUGUGGAAUAUAGAGGCACAAUGUCAGACGGCAUGCCGACAGCGAGGCGAAUUAUCGAGCGUGUCGUCGUGGCUGGAGACAACAUUACGGAUGAAGUUAUUACAGCGCGACGCAUUGAACAAAGCAUGCUUCCAACUUUCUCUUCCGCUUUGCCUGAGCCAAUGAGCCCCAAUGAGGAUGUGACCGCUACGGAAAUUGUCACGAUAAAUGAUCCCGAAUUUACCAAGAAGCAAAAGGAAAUUGCUCUCUCCAAUCUGGAUCGGACCGAAAUGUGGCUCAUGGCGCAAAAGGCAUACCUGCAGGGCAUUCUUCCAGAAGACGAAGUCAAGCCACAGGUAGAGCCCGUCAUAGAGACUGCCGCAGAGGAGUCGGAGACGAAGGAGCCCGAGUCUGAGGUAGCAUCCCCGGCGCAGAAGAAAAAGACGGUCCGCUUCUCCGAGGUUGCCAAGCCGAACAUCCCCAAGACGUUGCCUUCCAAGAUCGGACGGCAAGAGUCGGCAUACUACCGUGCCUAUCAGGACCACAUCAUCCGUUCUCGCAGCCAUGAUCCUUUUGUCCACCGACUCCCACGCUUCGAAGCCCUCCAGGCCCAGCGUACCUCGUUGCGAGAGAUGCACCGCAACCAGCUCCUCGGCAAGUAUCAACUGUCUGUGAUGCCGCAAUCUGCCAAGAAGCGUAUGAGUGCCAACGUGGCUCGUGGUGAUGAUAUCAUCGUCGAUGACUUUGAGAAGCUAAAGCGGGAAAAGGAGCAGGAGGCAUUGUCGCAAAUGUCCAUGGCAAACUGGCACGUUGGUGCCACCAAGGCCCUGUGCGGCGGGCGUCUAUUUUCCGCACCUGUUGCUAAGCGCCUCGCUCGCCUCUCCCGCAUUGGUGGUCCGAAAGACCGUGCGCGCAUUCUCGACCUCGGCGGUCAGGCUGCGUGCGACUGGGCUUGGAACUGUGCCAUCAUGUACCCCAAUACAAAGGUAUACACGGCGACGACCAAGGCCAUUCGACAGCUGUCCAACUCCAACAUCCGCGGCCCCCCAAACCACCGCCAGGUUGCCGUGGAGCGGCUCACGCGGUUGCCAUUCCCAGACGCACACUUCGACCUCGUCUCGGCACGCGAGCUACAGUCGAUCCUUAAAUUCAUCGGCGAGAACGGCGAGGACGAGUGGGACAGCUGCCUCAAGGAGUGCAUGCGGGUGCUCAAGCCCGGCGGAUACCUGGAGUUCUCCGUGCUCGACUCGGACGUUACCAACGCAGGCCCUCUUGGCCUCGCCAAGUCGGUCGAGUUCGGCUUCGCCCUCAAGACUCUCGGCUACGACCCCUCGCCCACCCGCAUGUUCCUCGGCCGCCUCAACCGUGCCGGCUUCGACGGCAUCCGCCGCGCCUGGGUCUCCCUCCCCAUGGGCCCCGACCCCGCCGUCCAGCGCAACCGCAAAGUCGCCCGCGACAGCACCACUGGUGACGAGCGCCCCCUCGUCCUGGAAGCGAUGGUCUCCGGCAGCACCGAGGCGGCGGCCCCCAUCGCGGGCCUCGCCGGCAGCUGGUCGUGGGAGCGCUGGCUUCUCCGCUGCGAGAUGGAGAAGGUGGCGUGCGAGUCUCGUCUGGGAUUCCUCGAGACCGAGACCGCGGAGAUGCGCGAGGCGGGGAAGUGCCUCGAUGGUGUUAAUGAGGUCCUUGAGGAGGGCCGUCGAUGUGGUGCUGGGUUUAGGAUGUUGAAUGGGUUUGCGAGGAAGCCUCUUGCUACCGAGUAGAUCUAAGAAGGGAAAGGGAAAGGGAAAUGGAGUUUUGGGUGGGAAGAUGUGAGUGAGCAAGCGGAGCUAAUCGAUCUCUUCGAGUCUGAAGAUUGUCUCUUAUGUACCUAGGUAUGCAUGGUCGGGGUUGGGGGUCGGGGUUUGUGUUUGGGAAAGGGGGGGGGGGGGACGAAUACAUGUGUGUAUAUGAGAGAUAUGAAGUGCCAUGUAUGGACGGUUUGACGAUGAUACCCCGUUUUGGAAUUUGGAGAAGCAAAGAAAGCAAAGCAAAUAUAGUUAAACACAUACCUACCUAUACUUGAGGUGGUGGAGGAUAACAAAUACACUCCGCUACGCUUGAGGAUAUUUUAAUAUAUAGACCUUUUAAUGUCUAUAAUAUGCUG